AUGCCACAAAGGAAACCUGGUCUGGUGCGGGACGGCUCGGCGCCGUGCCUGCUGUACGCUUACGGCGGCUUCAACAUCAGCAUCACGCCCACCUUCAGCGUGUCCAAGCUGGUGUUCGUGCAGCACCUGGACGGCGUGUUCGCGCUGCCAAACAUCCGCGGCGGCGGCGAGUACGGCGAGCGGUGGCACAACGCCGGCCGGCUCUUCAACAAGCAGAACUGCUUCGACGACUUCGCGUGCGCGGCCGAGUACCUGAUCGCCGAGCGGUACACGCAGGCGCGCCUCAUCAGCUGCGAGGGCGGCUCGAACGGGGGCCUGCUGGUCGGCGCCACCGUCAACCAGCGGCCGGACCUGUUCGGCGCGGCCAUCGCCCACGUCGGCGUGAUGGACAUGCUGCGCUUCCACAAGUUCACCAUCGGCUACGCCUGGGUGUCCGACUUCGGCAACCCUGACGAGAAGGAGCACUUCGAGCAAUCAUCAUCAAUACCCCUCCACGCUUCUGCUGACGGCCGACCACGACGACCGCGCGUGGUGCCACUGCAUUCGCUCAAGUACAUAGCCGAGCUGCAGCACGUGCUGAGCGGCCGCGCCGCGCAGACCAACCCGCUGCUCAUCAGGGUGGACACCAAGGCUGGCCACGCGUCGGGUCUGUAG